AUGCCCCUAUGGUGCGAGAAUAAGGAAGACGCAUUUGAGGCCUUGGUAGCGAGGUGGGUUGGCGAAGACGCCGACUUCAACGCCAAGAGCGCGCGCAACAAGGCAAACCGGGGCACCGGAGGAACACACAGUGCGGGAAGCCGCAGCACUGAGCGCUACAGGAAGCACAAGGAGGCGGAACUCGGGGAGCCUCUCACCGAGGUGGGAGGGUGGCAGAAGAUGAAGCUGAAGCAGCCCGAUCUGAGCCAGCCUCAGCCCUCGCUGCCCGAGUACUUCGGCUAUGCCGAAGAGGAGUUGGAGAAGUACUGCUCGGUGUUCAAGGGUCUUCAUCCGGAGGUGGAUGAUCCUAUUGAGCAGGAGACCGACUUGACCGCGAUUAUGGUGGCGGGGAGCGGCGCGGAGCAUGGCCGCACGAAGCUUCUUAGUGGGGUGAUCAAGCCGCAGAGGACCCUCACGCAGAUCAGGUCUACCCUCACCACCGGCGACCCACCGAUCGCGCCUCCUCGACAACGUCGUACGGAUGCUAACUUUGAGGCCGCCUACGCGGCCGCUUAUGAGAAGUAUUUGACGGUUGUAGCAGAGUGGGACCUCAAGAGAGCGGCUUGGGAAGAGUACCAGGAGGUGACGAGUCGUGUAAGUUCCAAUCUUUUAUGGUUCAAAGACAUGACAAGUCCCACCUCCCCUUUUUUUAUAUCUAUAGCGCUUGACAUCUAA